AUGAGCGUCUCGCCGUCGACAUCACCGCUCUCACCCAUUCAUGCAAGUGCAAGCCGCCUGUCAUCAUCUCGUCAACAAUUGGCUCGUGGUUGGUCUCGUGAGGGGCGCCUGACCGGCCGCCCCGUCACCCCGGCUCCGGCUACCGGUGCGAUACGUCGGCGGCGGCCAGUGUGGACCAGCGCAAAGCUCGCGGGACCCGUCGUGAACAUGAUCAUGUCUGGAACCCACGCCCUACUGCGCCGGUUGGCUUCGGCCUGCUGCUACUGGUGGGCUGAAGCCUCGCUAGUCAGGCCACACCAGAGGAUUUGCCAAGUCGUCACACGGAUUGGACGCCGCAUGCUCGGGGGCAAAAAUAGCAGGAAAAAAACUUUGGGAAAUUCUGUGAGCAGAGAGACCGUGUCUUAUGAGAUCCAAAGGGCUGGAUAUGGGAGACGUGUGCCAAUGACAUGCCCGCCGGAUCCAAAGGUUAAGAAAUCCGAUUCACACGACCGAACAAGGUGUCUGCUUGCCUGGGUCCAGCCCAGACCGAAUGUCGGCCUCUGCACUCCCUUGCUGGAACACAAAACCAAUGGAACCCACAUCACGGCGCUCACACUUGCACUUAGGGCUGCUCCAGUGAUGGCUACAGACGGGUAUAACUACUGCCUACUUGCCACCCACUCUCUCGCUCUCGAGCCCUCUGCAUACAAUCCUCUUCUACCAGCACGCGCCCGAAUCUUCAACCCUCAAACAGCCUCCACCAGAUCCGAUCGAUACACAAUAAUCACAGGUACGUUACCAGUAAUCGACGUCAUUUUGGUGUGGCUCUGGUCUUGCUUGCUUACCACCACCAAUGCCCCUCCCCCACCAUAA